AUGAAGCCAACAACGUUACGAUCUUUUCUACCGCGACCUGCAAUUAAUCAGAGAAUUUGUAUAUCUCGAGUAUCUCGGGGUUAUGCGGUCCAAGCUCCAGGAAACCCGACUCUACAAGUCUUCAAUCGAAAUACAAAAUACCUGCAGAAAGAACGAGCAGCUUCAAAUGUAGAAAGAAGUCGGCAGGCGGACUAUCUGAAGGAUGAAGUGGCUAUGCGGUUAUCGGAGAGGUUACUAGAUAUAAAUCGACAUUUUAACCAUGUCCUCGACCUGGGGGCAAACUCAUGCAACAUAGCGCGGGCGCUUACUCUUCCCGAUCCUGAUAUUGACCCUUCAAAGACAACCUCUCCUCCUCUUUCCACCCGAAUAUCACACCUCACAGCUGCAGAUUCCUCCCGUACACUGCUGUAUAGAGAUGUCGACCUUCCAUUCAAUCAAGAGAUAAACCUCACACGCCAAGUGCUGGACGAUGAGGAACGAUUGCCGUUUGAAGCCGAAACAUUUGAUGCUGUAUUGAGCUCUCUAAGCAUGCAUUGGAUCAAUGACCUUCCUUCUCAACUAGCUCAAAUAAACCAUGUUCUUAAACCUGACUCGCCGUUCAUUGCAGCCAUGUUUGGAGGAGAUACUCUGUACGAAUUGCGAACAUCACUACAACUUUCAGAUCAAGAACGGCGAGGUGGAGUCGCAACACAUGUUUCUCCAUUAGCAGAUGUUCGAGACAUGGGCGGGCUACUACAAAAAGCCGGAUUCAAAAUGUUGACUGUUGACGUAGACGACAUCAUCGUUGACUUUCCCGACACUUUUUCAUUAAUGCGAGAUCUCCAAGCAAUGGGAGAGAGUAAUGCUGUUCUGGGGAGAGAACCAGGAGGUAUACAGAAAGAUGUACUUCUUGCGAACGAAGGCAUUUAUCGGGAGCUGCAUGGGAAUGAGGAUGGGACAUUACCAGCAACGUUUAGAAUGAUUUAUAUGAUUGGUUGGAAGGAAGGCCCAAAUCAGGCCAAGCCGCUGCCGAGAGGAAGUGGGCAGAUUAAUAUCAAGGAUAUUUUGGGGGGUGGAGAGGUCAAGUGA